AUGGGAGAAUCUAUGCUCACCUUUUGUUCUCUUGACAGGCGUCCUGUGCAAUUUAGUUUGGGGACUGACCAAAGACAUUCAGAACCAGAAGACUUAAGGACAGCAAACGUAAACCCAAGGUCUUCUGUGGAGAGUCCUAAUUUCAACCUAGCCAAACCGAAAGAGCAAUAUCUCAAAAAAUUACAAUGUAAUCAAAAUUCUUCAGAUAGAAGUUCACAAAAAUACCCAUUGACACAUCUGUUAAAUGAAUGCAACAAUAGAAAUACUAAAGAAGAGUCAGAAACAUCGUCUAGACUACCAAAGCGUCCUGUGCAAUUUAGUUUGGGGACUGACCAAAGACAUUCAGAACCAGAAGACUUAAGGACAGCAAACGUAAACCCAAGGUCUUCUGUGGAGAGUCCUAAUUUCAACCUAGCCAAACCGAAAGAGCAAUAUCUCAAAAAAUUACAAUGUAAUCAAAAUUCUUCAGAUAGAAGUUCACAAAAAUACCCAUUGACACAUCUGUUAAAUGAAUGCAACAAUAGAAAUACUAAAGAAGAGUCAGAAACAUCGUCUAGACUACCAAAGCGUCCUGUGCAAUUUAGUUUGGGGACUGACCAAAGACAUUCAGAACCAGAAGACUUAAGGACAGCAAACGUAAACCCAAGGUCUUCUGUGGAGAGUCCUAAUUUCAACCUAGCCAAACCGAAAGAGCAAUAUCUCAAAAAAUUACAAUGUAAUCAAAAUUCUUCAGAUAGAAGUUCACAAAAAUACCCAUUGACACAUCUGUUAAAUGAAUGCAACAAUAGAAAUACUAAAGAAGAGUCAGAAACAUCGUCUAGACUACCAAAGCGUCCUGUGCAAUUUAGUUUGGGGACUGACCAAAGACAUUCAGAACCAGAAGACUUAAGGACAGCAAACGUAAACCCAAGGUCUUCUGUGGAGAGUCCUAAUUUCAACCUAGCCAAAGUGAGUCUGAACAAUGAAUUUCUUGGUGUAACAUUUCACAU